AUGUUUGCUUGGCUGCAACCGAGACCAAAGGAGAAGCAUGCGAUGGGCAAUGUCAGCUGGUUACGGGCCGCUGUCCUGGGCGCCAAUGACGGUAUACUGUCUGUCUCUGGUUUAUUGAUUGGAGUUUCGUCUGCUGAAGUCUCUCAACGAAAUAUCGCUUUAACAGGAGUUUCUGGUUUAAUUGCUGGUGCUUUGUCAAUGGCUGCCGGUGAAUAUGUUUCUGUCAGUUCGCAGGCAGACUUGGAAACCGCGGAUUUAGAUUUAGAAAGACAAGAGAUGGAACAACACUGGGAUGAAGAGGUGAUUGAGUUAACCAAUGUCUAUAUUAAGAGAGGGUUGGACCGAGAAUUAGCUCGCACAGUAGCUACCAAACUUAUGGAACAUGAUGCUUUAGAGGCACAUGCUCGUGACGAGUUGGGCAUCAACAUGUAUUCCAUAGCAAAGCCGCUACAAGCAUCCCUUUCAUCUGCUGGGGCAUUUUCAACUGGUGCGAUUUUACCUUUGAUUACAGCACUCCUGAGUCCUAUAGAACAUGUCACCUUUAUUUUGACUUUUUCGACUCUUUUUUUCCUCGCUUUCCUGGGUAUCGUAGGCGCUCAGAUUGGAGGUGCCAACAGAAUGCGAGCUAUAUUCAGAGUCACCGUUUUGGGUGUUAUAGCUAUGGCCGUCACUUCCUUAGUAGGAAAGUUUUUUGAAACUCCAACGUAA